AUGAGUGGUGGCAGCUCCACAAUCAGCGACCCAUUCUAUGUCUUUGAACACAUUUUCGGCUUCCGCAUGGACGACUUUUUCCUGGAGUUUGGGAUCGUGUCAGAUUUGUUCGAUUUCGGUUUUGACGAUGAAGAAUCAUCAUCCGAGUCUGGUUAUGAAAGGCAAGAUAUGAGGGGCAGGGGCCCAAGAGCUCCAAGAGUAGCAAGGAAUCCCUACAAUGGGUCAUUCUACAAUGGUGUCUACAUCAAGAACGCUGAUGAGCAGACUAUCGCUGGUCCAAAUGGCUUGAAAGUCUUAGGAAAGAUAUGGAACGUUCAUUUGCUACCUUGA